GUUGAUUGAUGGUUGCAAAUUGUAAAUGCCGUGUUAAUUUGUGUUUCGACAAGUUUUCGGGAUUGCAAAGUAAUAUUUCUGAUAAUGUAUCUUUAAUUUUUACAGAAAAGUUAUUUUAAACAACUAGGACCAUUAGUAAUUUGAAAUUCACAAUGGGGGACAAUUUCCAAAAUAAAACCACAAUGGCACCGGUCAUGAUGGACUACGACUUCAAAGUGAAGACCCAAAAUGAGAGAUCUAAAGUGGAAGAUCUGUUUGACUACGAAGGCUGCAAAGUAGGGAGAGGAACGUAUGGUCAUGUAUACAAAGCUAGGAGGAAAGACGGGUCUGAUACUAAAGAUUACGCACUAAAACAAAUUGAAGGUACAGGCUUAUCCAUGUCAGCUUGUAGAGAGAUCGCUUUGUUACGAGAACUAAAACAUCCUAACGUUAUAAAUCUUAUUCGAGUAUUUCUCUCACACACUGAUCGCAAAGUUUGGUUAUUGUUUGAUUAUGCUGAACAUGAUCUUUGGCACAUUAUCAAGUUCCAUCGAGCUGCUAAGGCAAACAAGAAAUCUGUAAUGGUACCCAAAGGGAUGGUAAAGAGUCUUUUGUAUCAGAUAUUAGAUGGCAUCCACUAUUUGCAUUCAAAUUGGGUGUUGCACAGAGAUUUGAAACCAGCUAAUAUCCUAGUAAUGGGAGAAGGUCCAGAGAGGGGCAGGGUCAAGAUAGCAGAUAUGGGUUUUGCCAGGUUGUUCAAUGCACCGUUGAAGCCUCUUGCUGAUCUGGACCCAGUAGUGGUGACAUUUUGGUAUCGAGCUCCGGAACUGCUUCUUGGUGCUAGACAUUACACAAAGGCUAUUGAUAUCUGGGCGAUAGGCUGCAUUUUCGCCGAACUGUUGACUUCUGAACCAAUAUUCCACUGCCGACAGGAGGACAUAAAAACCAGCAAUCCUUACCAUCAUGAUCAGUUGGACCGGAUAUUCAAUGUCAUGGGUUUCCCACAGGAAAAAGACUGGGAAGAUAUUAGGAAAAUGCCAGAACAUGCUACUUUAGUUAAGGACUUUAAGAGAUCGAACUAUCAAAACUGUUCACUGAGCAAGUACAUGGACAGACACAAGAUCAAGCCUGACAGUAAGGCAUUUAGUUUAUUACAACGAUUAUUACUAAUGGAUCCUAAUAGGAGAAUCACAUCGGAACAGGCUAUGCAGGAUCCCUACUUCACUGAAGAUCCUCUGCCUACACAGGAUGUGUUCGCCGGUUGUCCCAUACCUUACCCGAAGCGAGAGUUCCUCACAGACGACGAUCAAGAUGACAAGAGCGACUCUAAGGCUAGGCAGAACCAACAACAACAGCAACCGAAUACGCAACAAAAUCAAGUACAGCAAAAUAACCAUGACCAUGCGGCUAACAACGCCAAGAGGAUGAGAAUGCAAGGCCCAAACCAAGGCAACAACACGACUGGCGGCGGCCAACAGGAGUUCCAUCAACAACAACAAAUGAUGUUUGGCGGACAACAACAGGGUGGCGGCUCGCAACAACAAGGCAACUUCCAACAAAGAUUUUAGGAGAUGCUAUAGUCAAAUAUCAUCAGUUUAAGUUAUUAUACUUCUUAGGUAUUUUGUCGUAUGAAGUAUGCUGCGAGAACUCACUCUAGGAAGAUUCAGGCUAGGUAAGCAUGCUUUCAAGCCACGUUCUCACUUCCUAUAUUUUUUACCAUAAGCAAAAAAAUAAAUCUAUAAUAAAGGAAAACUAAAUAAUCUAAAAAAUAUAUAAUUUAAUUAACGACAAUCUCGGAACGUCUCAGGCAUUUGGUUUUUAAAUCUUUUAAGAAGUAAAAACCUUCACAUAAAAGUACGGUACUUGCAUUACAAAUCUUAACUUUGGUUAGUUAAUAUUCAAAAUUAAAUUGUUUGUAUAAUAUUGAAAAUAAUUCAUCUUUUUUCUAUUAUACUCUUAUAAAUUGGUAUUAUUUUGUUAUCGACGGCCAAAUACUUAUUUACAAUUAAAUCAAAAAAGUAUUUAAGUCUCGCCUGUGUAUUAUCUGUUGUACGAUAGAAUAUAAGCGCCAAGUUCAAACUAUUCAAUGGUGCUGAUUCCAGCACCCACCAUCUAAUUUUAAGUUAUACCUGUCAUUUUCGUAUUCGCCGAAAAGGAAAGGGAUGGGUAAUCGCUGUGGGUA